GCAAUUACCUUCUAUUUUCGACGCGUUUCGAAAUGAUAAUAACAGAUAACCGCCGUGAGCAGCAUGGAUUACCCGCCUCCAUCCCGGUUCCCAGGCGACACUAGUAGGAAUGGAUGAGCCUGUUGGCUUGUUUUUGGUGAAUGUAUCCGCCGAUGCGGACCGGUGCAGAACGGACCCGAGAGAGCAUCCCAUCCGCAGAUCGCUCACCACAACUUCUUUGAACAGAACGGACUCUCUUUUUUUUUUUGCACGGAAUUAGGGAGCUGCACCUCUCCACGGAUAAGCGAUCAUGUUCUCCUCCGGGCUCAGCCUCCUGCCGGCAGGGCAGCGAGGGGCGCCCAACGGCAAGCUGUCUGCGUACCCCAACAUCCUGACCCCGGACCGCAUCCCCGAGUUCUUCAUCCCUCCUAAGCUGCUGCUGCUCCCCCCGCCGGUGCCGGGCACCCCAAAAUCCACCCAGGGGGGCUCCCCAAACGGGGCUGGGAGCCUCGCGGAGCGCGCGCUGAUCCGAUCGGCCCGGCGGCACGUCAUUGAGAUCGAGAGCGCGGACUCUGAGCUGGGGGAGGGAGAGGGGGAGGAGAGGCUGAAGACUGCUUCUCCAACCCUCCCCGCUGGCCCUCGCCUCUCCUUAGCCUGCCUCCCCGAAAGCCCCCAUACCAGACGCAGGGAGUCCCUCUUCCACUCCCCCCCCGCCCACAGGAGCCCCGUCGGCGAGUUUACCCCCCGAGUGGCGUCUCCCUCAUCCUUGUACCCCCCUUUCUCCUCCCCGGACAGCGACCCCGCCUCCUCCGCAGACCCCUCCCCCUUCAGCUCCCCCCUCCUCCCUGGCCGCUCCCCGGCCCCGUCCUGCCCAGCCCACGGGACCCAGCGCCUGUUCCGUCGGACGCUGGGCUCCAAAGCGCUCUCCUCGCCCAUGGACUCUGGCAGCUCUUCGGAGGAGAGCCCGGCCACGCCCCGCAGACGAGCCACGCUGGCUCCCCCGGUCCUCUUUCAGCUCGAUUUCAUCUGCUGCCAGGAGAGGCUGACCAAGGAGAGCCGCCUGCCUCUGAGGAAGGGCCGGGCGCCGAGGGGAGAGCUGAGGCUGUCGGCCGAGUUCUCUGGGGAGCAGGGCAGGCUGCGGGUCAGGCUGGUCAGCGGGGAGGGGCUCUACCCGCCCGGGUUUGAGUCCAGGCUGGUGAGCUGCUGCGUCGUGGUGCAGCUGGACCCGGGCCGGCAGCAGAGGCAGAGGAGCAACGUGGUGAAGCGCAGCAGGGAGCCCAUCUUCAACGAGGACUUCUUCUUCGAGGGGCUGAGCCAGGGGGAGCUGGACCGCCGCUCGCUCCGGUUCAAGGUGGUGAACAAGGGGGCCGGCGUGAAGAGGGAUGCCCUGCUAGGGGAGGGAGAGGUGGGGCUGGCGUCUAUACUACCCCCCUGAGGGGAAAGAGAAGAACAGGGGAGGGAGGGAAGGAGGGAGAGGUGGGGCUGGCGUCUAUACUGCCCCCCUGAGGGGAAAGAGAAGAACAGGGGAGGGAGAGAGACUGUUUGAUGUACCUGGAAGAUUUAGCAAUUACUUUAAAAUUAAAAAAAAAACAGGGUCUGAUUAAUAUUCCACCAAUAUCCUGUCGCUGUCUUUUCUAUAGGAUCAGCUAAAAACCUCCUUCAACCAACGACUAUCCAUCUAUCUACAGGGCUGAGAAUCAGACUCCUGCUGCACAGCAGUGUGAUCCAGUCCUGGUUUCACUAGGAGUUUAAUAAUGA